CCAGGCGGCCGGACCUCCGGGAGGCCCGGCGCUGAGCCGGUCGCGGCCCGGGUGGCUGGGUGCUGUCUUCCGCCGGGCGCCGAGCUCGGCCUCCUCCGCUCCUGUCCGCCCACGAAGGAAUGCGGCUCCGGGAAAAAGCACUUAAGGACAUUAAAGUUGAAGAACAGUAUUGCCAAUGAACGUUUCUAAUGUCACAUAAGGAAGACGAUUAUAGAAAAGAUUUAAGCCCAAAGUAGAUGAUCAGUCUGAUUUCAUUGUAUUUUGCUCUCGAGCUUGGAGAAGAAAUUAAUUUGCAAUUAUAACUUGAGAUGAGCAAGACUUCAAUUCUCAGUAUUGAAAACUCACAUAGGAUUGUCUAAUUUCGUUUUGUGACGAACAGUAGGUGAAUUAUAUCUUAAUAUAUUACCACUUUUAUACUAUGGAUGAAAACUACUAAAGUUUAUAAUGUCAAAAAUUGUUCUUAGACCAAAGGUGUCUUCCACAAAGGUAACUGGCUGGGUAGACCCCUCAUUUGAUGAUUUUUCAGACAACACAGCCAUCUCUACUAUUACUACUGACUCUUUAGGUGUGAAUAAUUCAAGUCAUAAAAGAAAAAAUGUAACUUCCAUACCAGAAAGUAGCAGAUUUCCAACUAGAAAAAAAGGAAAGUUAUCUUCUUUAGAAGAGUUUCAUGGUCUAGAAAAUUCAAAUGGAUGUCUGUCUGAAAAUGAACCAUGGGUGGAUAAGUAUAAACCGGAAUCUCAGCAUGAACUUGCUGUACAUAAGAAAAAAAUUGAAGAAGUUGAAACCUGGUUAAAUGCUGAGGUCUUGGAAAGGCAUCCGAAACAGGGUGGAUCUAUUUUAUUAAUAACAGGACCUCCUGGAUGUGGUAAGACAACUACUUUAAAAAUAUUAUCAAAGGAGCGUGGUAUCCAAGUACAAGAAUGGAUUAAUCCAGUUUUGCCAGAAUUCCAAAAAGAUGACUUUAAGGAAAUAUUUAAUUAUGAAUCAAACUUCCAUAUGUUUCCUUAUCAAUCUCAGAUAUCAGCUUUCAAAGAGUUUCUACUAAGAGCAGCAAAGUAUAAUAAUCUGCAAAUGCUUGGAGAUGAUCUGAGAACUGACAAGAAGAUAAUUCUGGUUGAAGAUUUUCCUAACCAGUUUUAUCGAGAUCCUCAUACUUUACAUGAAGUUUUAAGGAAAUAUGUGCAGAUUGGCCGGAGUCCUCUUGUAUUUAUAGUCUCUGACAGUGUCAGUGGAGAUAAUCAUCAUAGGUUAUUGUUCCCUAAAAUGAUUCAAGAAGAGUGUUCUAUCGCAAGUAUUAGUUUCAACCCUGUGGCACCAACAAUUAUGAUGAAAUUUCUCAAUCGAAUAGUGACCCUGGAAGCUAAUAAGAAUGGAGGAAAAAUUACUGUUCCUGAUAAAUCUUCUCUAGAGUUGCUUUGUCAAGGAUGUUCUGGUGACAUCAGAAGUGCAAUAAAUAGCCUCCAGUUUUCUUCCAAAGGAGAGAACAAUUUACAGCCAAGGAAAAAAGGAGUGUCAUUAAAAUCAGAUGGUGCACUAUCAAAAUCAAAACGAGGAAAAAGACCCAAUGGUGGUUUUGAAAAUCAGGAGGUCCAAGCUAUUGGUGGCAAGGAUGUUUCUCUCUUUCUCUUCAGAGCUUUGGGGAAAAUUCUAUAUUGUAAAAGAGCACCUUUAGCAAAAUUAGACUCACCUCAGCUACCCUCUCAUUUAUCAGAGCAUGAUCGGGAUACAUUACUUGUUCAACCUGAGGAAAUAGUAGAAAUGUCACACAUGCCAGGAGAGUUGUUUAAUUUAUAUCUCCACCAAAACUAUGUGGAUUUCUUCAUGGAAAUAGAUGAUCUUGUGAGAGCCAGUGAAUUUCUGAGUUUUGCCGAUAUCUUCAGUGGAGACUGGAAUUCACGCUCCUUACUCGGGGAAUACAGUACGUCCGUAGCUGCAAGAGGCGUGAUGCAUUCCAACAAAGCCCGUGGGUUUGCUCACUGCCAAGGAGGAUCAAGUUUUCGACCUUUGCACAAACCUCAGUGGUUUCUAAUACACAAAAAGUAUCGGGAAAAUUGCCUGGCAGCAAGAGCACUUUUUUCUGACUUCUGCCUACCAGCUUUAUGCCUUCAAACACAGCUAUUGCCCUAUCUUGCUCUGCUCACCAUUCCAAUGCGAAAUCAAGCUCAGAUUUCUUUUAUUCAAGAUAUUGGAAGACUUCCUCUGAAGAGACACUUUGGAAGGUUGAAAAUGGAGGCCCUCACCGAUAGGGAGCACGGGUUGCUGGACCAUGACACCGGAGAUGAAGCCCCGCAGGGGGGAGGACACCCCGCAGAGGGGACGGCGGGGGACGGGGACCCGUGGCCGCUCCCCUGGAGUCAGAGCAGCGGGGGCGACCUGCCAGCCAGCCAGCCGUGGCCCUCCUCGUGGAAGGCCGAGGCCGGAGACGAGGACGUGACCAUCGAGGAGUGCGACAGCGAGGACGGCGAUGGGGCCGGGGAGCCGGCCCGAACCUGGCGCCCAGCGUCCCCCUGGCUCCCACACCGCUAGGGCCCGAGCCUGGCGCCCUGGUGUUCCCAAGCCGGCCCGAGCAUCAGACACUGUGAGCGAACAGCACGGAGCUGGCGGCGGUGUCAGGAGGACUUAGGAAGCCGUGCGUGGACAUCAACGUGUGCCUCAUCCUCGGAGCACUGCUCGAGUCCUCAGAAUCCAUGUCUGCGUCUUGUACAGUAGACUAUUUCGCUGUUUGGAAAAUAGUGACCUAUUUAUAUCGAAAUUAAAAGGUUGAAGUUCA